AAAUAAGAAUUAUGUACAGAUGAAGGGCAACAAAAACUUCCAAAUCUUUUUUAUUUUUUCCUCUUUUUUUGGGUGGUGGGAAAUGUAAGAAUCCACAUUCCAUCAUGUUCCACAGCACACACAUAAUUUUCCCUUCCUUUUGGUCUACCUCUAUAUCAAAAUGUACCCAGAAUAUUUCAACAGCCUACAUCAUCUUUGCAUCACUGAAUUUUGAUCCUUAACCAUGACCCCCAAAAAGGGCUCGCACACAAGGCUUAAAGGAAUACAUAAUUUCUUAGUGCCCACGCAUUCUGCCAACCUAGCCUUACAUAAGUGAGUAAAACCUUGAAAGUUUGUCAGACCAGUGGUUUACUCAAUGGCUAAAUGUCAGAAAUGUAACAGGCUUUGAGACAAACUCACUCAGAUGGGCUCUCUUCAAACUUGGGAAUGGAAAUAAACUCAAUUAGGCCCUGUCAGUGGGAAUGAGUUAUUUUUUAUGUUUUAUUUUCAGAAUAUUUUCAUAUGGAAUUAUAUGGCAAUCCCAAAUGUAAGCUUACAGGUUAAAAAUGUCUUUCUGCAAUGGUCUAUGCUGUUAUGGCAGAGGGGAGAAAGCUGCCUUAUAUGUGUAAGACUUUUAUCGGAACAUGUACAAUAAAAAAACUAAAUAAACAAUGAUAAGUAAUGUAUAUCAUAUAACAGACAAAUUAAAUAUGGUAAAGAUAUUAUAGGAAUAAUAUUUUUUUUUCCAUUAAAACAUAUUAAUAUCUGUAUGUUCAAAAAGGAGCAUGAAGAAGCCUACACUUGUUUAACUCCACCCCCUUUUUUAGCAGUUUACUUAGUUUAACAAUAAAAAAUAGAUCUUUUUUACAACAUUGUGUCAUUGUUAUACCCUGCCUGGUUAAAAAAAAUGUGUCGCCACCCCCCCAAAAAAUUAAUAAAUCAAAAAGGUCACACACUAUAAUAUUUUGGUGGACUGCGUUUAGCUUUGAUUAUGACAAACAUUCACUGUGGCAUUGUUUGGAUAAGCUUCUGCAAUGUCACCAGAUUUAUUCCCAUCUAGUUUUCCAUUAAGGUUUCACCAUAAUCUUGCAUUGAUGAUGGUAGAGUCUGACCGCUGCCCCAAGCCUUCUCCAGCACAUCCCAAAGAUUCUCAAUGGAGUUAAGGUCUGGACUCUCUGGUGGCCAAUCCAUAUGUGAAAAUGAUGUCUCAUGCUCCCUGAACCACUCUUUCAUUAUCUGAGCCUGAUGAAUCCUGGCAUCGUCAUCUUGGAAUAUCCCCGUGCCAUCAGGAAAGAUGGAAUAACCUGGUCAUUCAGUAUAUUCAGGUGGUCAACUGGCCUCAUUCUUGGAGCACAUCCUGUUGCUGAACUUAGACCUGACCACCUGCAGCAACCCCAGAUCAUAGCACUGCCCCCACAAGCUUGUACAGUAGGCAGCAGGCAUGAUGGGUACAUCACUUCAUCUGUCUCUCUUCUUACCCUGAUGCACCCAUCACUCUGGAACAGGGUCCAUAUGUACUCAUCAGACCACAUGACCUCCUUCCAUUGCGACGGAGACAAAUCAUUAUGCUGCCUGAGCCUUUUUUUCUAGUUUGUCUCACUGAUUAGUAGUUUUUGUGUGGGUGCACUGCUGUUCAGUCCAAAUCUUUUGAGUUCCCUUUACACUGUGUGUGUGGAACUGAUCUUACUUUCACUGUUAAAAUUAGCCCUGAGUCCUUCUGUUGUUGUUUUUGUUUUUCGGUUUGAUUUCACCAAACAUUAAGCUGAUCGCUGAUCACGAUCAUUCAUGUUUUCUUUUCCACCCACGUUUCUUCCUUGAAGAAGAAGGGUCCCACCUUGCAGUUUUUAAUAAUGCGUUGGGCAGUUCUUAAUCCACUUUCAGGAGUUUCUGCACUCAUCUUAGAUGUUUGACUUCAGUCUUCGAUCCUCCUCUUGUGUUUUGCUUUACCUCCCAUUCCUCACUCAGUCACACCUGUAGGCCCUUGUCAUCAGCAAUCAUCUCACCUAUUCCAUUGUCCUUGUAUUCACUUCCCUGUCUAUUUAAAACCAGUUCAGUUAACAGUUCUCUUGUUGUGUAUCCCUGUGAUGUACAGUCCCUGCUCCUUAAAGAACAUACUUUUUUCUUAUUAUUUUUUUUAUUAACUUUACCUGCCUGCCUCCUUCAUUCCCUUCAUAUCACCACCUAUGGAUGCUCACCACUUCAAAUCAUCACAUCUGCAUUAAAAAUUAUUUUUUUAAGUAACUUGACAAAAUGCUUAAAAUACAACAUGAUUUGAUAAAAAUCAAGAAGUAGUUUAAGAAAUGCAUUCAUCCAUCAGUGUGUAGUGUCUUUUCUCAGUGUUCCUCUGAGCUGCAGUCAAUAUCCACUACCCACGCCACUUAUCCAGCCACCUCUGUUAAACUGCCUAACUAGAAAUUGUUUCAAAAAAUCAGCAAAAUUUUGUUUACUAAAUCAGGAAAAUGUAUGCUAAUGUUGUGGAAAUGGUAAAUAAAUGAAUGGAGUAAAACUUUUAAAUUAUUCUUGAAUUAUGAAUCACCUGAUGGGCAACCAGAAGCCUGAAAUGAGGAGUAGAGCUAGACAGUAGUGGGAUCAAACUAGAGAAUAAACAGGAUCUGAAAGAUGUUGGUAAAUUUAUUCAUUAAGAUUGGUUGAAUAACCUUGGAUCUUCAAGAUGCCAUUCAUGCUGAAGCUUAGUCAAAAUCUACCAUCAGAUUAACGUGUUGAAGUGACUUUAGGUUAGAGAAAUGAGAAUGUCGAGGGGAAAAAACGGGGGAGUUUUAGUAAAAGAUUAAAAAUGCAUCAGUGAAACACCAAUGAGUGACGAGUGAAACAUCCGCACGCCUUUGGAUAGACUUCCCUCUCUGUGUCAUACCCCUCACCAGGGGCGGCGUUAGGCCCGGCUGCUUGGGCUGAAGCCCCGAAUCUUUAAUGAAAAGCCCCGGAUCUCAAACGUGGAAGUAACAUGCAGUACCAAAGUCCAACAGAGAGGGAGCAGCUAGCAGUAGUUUGUAUACAGCCUGCCUGAGCCUCCACCACUGAAGAAGAAGCCCUUCAGCAGCCGGUUUCUUCUGCAGUGCCUGUUUUUUUCUACACUCUGCCUGGAACGCAUGUGUGAAGAUGGACAUAAGGACGUUUUUUAGACAAAAAGUGUCAGAACCGCGACAGAACCCCAGCUUUGAUGAGACUGGUGAUGACUCAGGUUUGUGAGUCUUAUUUGAAAAUAUUUGUUGUGCUGCUGGUUUGCCUAAAGUUAGCUUACUAUCAGGUAAAGUUGAUGGAGAAAGAAAGGGAAUAUUUACUAUCAUCUCACACUAAACACUACAAGGAACAAUACUCUGCCCUGAAAAUGCUUAAUUUUUCAUCUGAAGCUACAUAUUAUGUGGUACAAGACAAAUAUAUGUGUUGACUAGUGCGUGUCACGUGUGUGUGUGUGUACGCGUGUGCGUGCGUGUGUGCGCACAUGUGUGUUAAGCCCCGGAUCUUCUUCAGUCCUUAAUCCGCCCCUGCCCCUCACACACCUUGCUGCAUUGUAUUAAUGCCACUGAGCCCAGCAGGAGAUCAGUAGUGAUGUCUCAUGCCCUCCAAAAACAACAUGAAUAAUGAAUGGUCGAUCUUAAAAUAAGGAACGAGCAUUAUUAAUGUAUUCAGAGCCUCUUUUUGAAGUGGGCCAACUGUGGGUGUCACAGUAGAAACCUUCUUACCCGAUAUCUGAGCUGGUUGGUUUUUAGAGAAAGUUGAAGGUUCAAGAAGCAAACCCAACACUCCUGCAGCAGUUUGUAGUUGAUGCAUAUAUCAUGCAAAUCAUGCAUUUUUUUUUCUGCUAUGCUCUUUGCUGGGUAACCUUUCAGGAUCCCCCCCCCCCCUUUUUUUUUGUUUUCUUCUAUUAAAAAAUCAGAGCAUUAGCAUGAUUUGGAUUGACUGAAGCUCACCUGUACAGCAUGCUUCUCACAAAUGCAUCUCUUUGCAUUGAUUUGUGAAAAAGAAGAGGUCCGAGUGUGUUUAUCUUUCUCUGUAUCUGUCAGAAACACUCAGAAUGAAAAUUCAGAAGUAUCUCAAAAGAUGCAUACAGCUGCAUCUAUAAUUGCCAUUUUUAUUAGAUUUCUAAAAGCAGAGGCUGUGAUAUAAUAGGUAUUCCCCUAAGCAGGAUUUUUAUUUGCCCUUGCAGCUUUAAGAAUAACAGGCCCCAUGAGUCUUAUGUGUCUUGGCCUUUCAGGGAACAAGGUCAGAGUUUUAACAAUGGCAGCAUAGCACUUUUCAAUCACUCUCCAAGGACGGAGUGAUCUUUACCAAGGUGUUCCAAUAGUGUUCAAGAGUUGUGCUUACAUGAGGGGUUUCUAAAAGGGGCGAAAUGGGAAGUUCUUGGAUUUUGAGGAACGUUAACUUAUUCUUUAUACUUUAAGAGCAAGUUUUAUUUUUAUAAAGAUUGUGGAAAGAUUAAUCUAAAAUAGCUUUAAGAAACAAACUAGAUGGUGUUGUGAAUUUUAGUUGUAUAUUUAUAUACUGUAAUUAGAUAAUUCAAUUAUCUGAUUUUGUAUAUUUAUACACUGGAAUUAAAUCUAAGUAAUCAAUCAGAAGUGGUUGUUUUUAUCAUCAGGGAGUUUACUUAAACACUCUGUAUUGACUGAGAGACAAGAAAGAGAGAGAGUUGGGAUCGUUUAAGCAUCUUUAAUUUCUAUAAUUAUAAAUUCUUACAAUCUACCAGGACUAUCUCAAUGAUGAAUGCAUGUGGAUUUUGAUGUUUCAUGUUGGUGUGUGUGUGUGUGUGUUUUGUUCAGAAUCUCUAGGCUGAUGUAGCGAAUCUGGUUUGUUAUGACUAGGCUACCACAAGGCUUCAGAAGCUGAUGACAUGAGCCGCCAUUUUGCCACGUACCGUAGAUGGAGUCUCCAGUGUAGAUCAGGAAUUGCCAGGUCCUAAGACCUCGGUUGUACUGGAGCUGGUUGAAACAGCGGUCACAGCACACAACGCCCGUCUGAGGAUAACUCCAGUAGUAGUGGGCAGGCGUCAGCAAGUUCACUCUUACAGUAUUUUGAAGGACGGUUGUCUCGUUGGUACAAACGAAGGAAGUCUCCAGCUUGACAGAUCUCAGCUUAAAACAGGAAAUACAGCUGGCCAGCCUGUACUCCUAUUUGCGGUGAUGGAUUGAGAGCUGGUUGAAAACACUGUUGAGAGUACGAUGUAACUCCUUGGAGCUCAGAUCGAACAGAGCUGAUGUCAACGUGGAACUUAACGUGGAACAGAACUUAAAAUGGCGUUGCCUUCUUUUUAUAUCUCCCAGUUGUUUAUGAAUCUUAGUAAACCGGAUUGGACACAUUAAGUAAACAUCCCAGAUUCUCUCUACGACAGACGAAAGUUCUGAUUGGUUGAAAACAAUGUGUCAUGCGUUUCCAUGGUAAUGCAUAUCAGUCUGUCUGGGGCAGCCCUGUUUAUUCAUUUAAACACAUAACUCAUGACAUCUUUUUUUCACAGAUCAUUCACCUGAUUAUUAAUGAUCAACAAAUGCUUUGAUUAGCUUAUCACAAAUACAGUACUUUGAUUAAUCAAUGAAAAGCGUUCUUCUUCUGUUCUUCUGUCUCUUCUCCCGGAAUGUAAACAUACUGAACCAAGCGUCCGACCUUGGCGAUGUUACUGUGUAAAGGGGCAGCUGUUAAGGGCAGACCAUUAUAAACUUCCUAACGCUACAAUGGGAAGACAAAGUACAUGCAGUCAAUCAAAACCAUUUACAAAAACACCUUGGUACAUCAUCCAUCCAUAUAUUUUCAUCCACUUAUCUGAGGUCAGGCCAUGGGGACAGCAGCCUAAGCAGGGAGGCCUGGACUUUCCUCUCCACAGCCACUUGGGCCAGCUCCUCUGGGUGAAUCCCAAGUUAUUCCCUAGCCAGCCGCAAGACAUAGUCCCUCCAUUGUGUCCCGGGUCUUCCUUUGGAUCUCCUCCCGGUUGGACGUGCCUGGAAAAUCUCACCAGGGAGGCGUCCAAGAGGCAUCCUAACCAGAUGCCUGAGCCACCUCAUCCGGCUCCUUUUGAUGUGGAGGAGCAGCGAGUCUACUCCGAGUUUCUCACCUUAUCUUUAACAUCCACUUGGACAUGCAAUCUUAUUAUUUCGGUCACUACCCAAAGCUCAUAACCAUAGAUGAGGGUAGGAACGUAGAUCGGCCGGUAAAUUGAGAGUUUUGCCAUGUGGGUCAGCUCUCUCUCCACUACAACAGAGCAGCACAACGCCUGCAUCACUGCAGACGCGGCACCAAUCUGCCUAUUGAUCUCAUGCUUUAUCUUUCCCUCACUCUUGAACAAGAUCCCGAGAUACUUGAACAACUCUACUUGAGGCAGGACCUCAUCCCUGACCUGGAGGAGAUAUUCCACCCCCCGGUACAUAAAAGCACAUAUUCAGGCAGUCGCAACAUAAGGAAACUAUGGGGUCAACCAUCUUGACUAACGAUGGGGAAGGCUGUUGUGGUUUAGUGUCCAGGAAACGGCCUAGAACAUCCCAACUAGUAGAAGCUAACCAUUACCAUUGGCAACUUCACCACACGGCAGAAAGUCCUCCAGGAUUUUGUUGUUUGUGAAGAUAAAACAUCAAUGUUGCAAGUCAGUGUAGAGUUCGCUUUGCUGUUACCCAGCAAUGUCCAAAUAUCAGGAAAUAAGACAGCAAAACCUGACAUAUGAAGCUCAACUGUAAUGUGGGUCAUUACUACUUCCUGGAAAUGGGCCCCCAGAAUAUUUAUCUCUGAGAAUAACCUAAAAUGCAUGCAUUCCUACUAGAGAACACUGCAAAUGUAUUGACUAAAUGAGUGAACCACUCCUUUAAAAUUUCUGUUCCAAAGGGACUUUUUCUAUAAUAGUUUUAAGAACUACACCAGCAAUGACAAAAAGUAUCUUAAUUAUUCUAAGCAUGUCACAUAAACAUCUUAAUGUGUUAUGCUAUUAUAUACACAAGUAUAGAAAUUAAUGAAAGAUGUAGACAGCCAUAAAGUAGUGGACCAAAAGCCGCCGAAAAUUUAAAAACAAAAACUUUUGCUUACAAUACUGACUUCCAUGAAGCAGUAGGGAAACUUAGAGUGGAGAGGUAAAAGCUUCCAAAGCCAUUAAUUAAGCAAGGAAGUCAAACAAUGACAAAACACAAUUUAUAGAGGACACUUAAAGGUGUGCUUUACUCAUUUAUUCCAUACAACUGCAGUCAUCUCAAGUGUAAGUCAAUGCCUUAUGAGGGAGUAAAAAAGCUAAGAUGAUCCUGUUAUGAGAUGCAGAAGACUGCUGGUGCAGAGGUAGACUGAAAACAGCAGAAUUACUCAUGAUUAUUAAUGGUAUGCACAUGCCUCUCUUCUGAUUGGCUAAGAGAACAUGUUCUACAAGACACUCCACUCUCUCUCCUUGCUGCAAUUUUUUUUCACAAAAGCCUUCCUGUGGGAGGGCGUGAGCCAAGAUGGGCAUGAUCAUGAAUGCAAAUUCACAGUGUGACAUAAAUAUGUGAGGAUUUUCAAAUCCUAGCGUUUCACCGUCUAUUUUCUAUCAGAAGCUAGGGCAGGACAUAAGUCUAGGAGAUUAUUUUCAUGUUCAGCCUGCAUUAAAAACUCAGAGCAAACGAAUAUAAUCAAAAAUAAUUAAAUGUCUUUAGUCAACCACCUUUGAGAUGACCACGAUGAUUUUAAGUGACAUACAUAUUUAAGAUUAAUAACAAAUAUACAAUGUUCUAAAAACUAAACAUAAAAGUGUAGGACUGAUUUUUUUUUCCAGUUAAUGGUUAUAGUUAAUGUAUAAAAAAGGAAACAGGAAAAAUGGAAAAGAGAAACAGAAAUAUUUAAUGAUGUCUCCUCUGACUGGAAAGUAGGAGGGUGGUGCUCUUUACUACCAUAUGUACACAGACAGGCAGGUCGACAGUUAUGAAGACAGAUGAAUGAUGCAACGCCUUCGGCACUGAGGGAAAUGAGAUCAGAUGUUGACAGCUAGAUGGACACAUCCCUGGUCUGGCAUCCAAAUGUUUUCUCACAUCUGUGAUCACACAGCCUUGUGAAUCCACGCUCGCUUCGAACUAGCCCAUCCGCACCUUUAAUGUGUUGUAGAAUAUUACUGAGUUUAGCAUAAUAUUUGCAGUGCAGCAGGCUGCCUAAGAUAAAUGCUUCACCAGCAAUAAUCUUUUUGAAAACCUGAAGUCUCAUGUGUCAGCCGCCAUGCACAAAAUCUGCAACGUCUAGGCCCAUUUCAUAAUUCAUAACCCUCAGCCAGCAUUUAUAAAUAGGGUGUAAAGUGCUGAAGCCUGGGAGAGAUUAGAACACAUAUUAAUCUGAUUUCUGGAUUGUCACACUUCUCUCCUGCUCCACUUUUUUCAUGCAUGCACCAAACAUAUACAAAGCUGGGUUUCCUGUUAAGCCUUAAGUGGUUUUAAAAGAACAAACAAAUAACUUUAUGCAAACAAAACCUAUAUUCUGUCAUGGGAGAGCGCUCCUAUGCGACAAUCAGCCUGAGGACGCAGUCACCCAAGAGAGGGAAACCGGUAGGUGGCAGUCGUGUCCCAUUAGCAGGAUACUCAUGGGAGGAAACUCUUUCUGUCUGCCCACUCGGGUUAAUUCUCCAAUUUUUGUCGGUUUAUUUCAUUUCCUCCGUGCCUUGUUUAUUAUUAUUAUUAUUAUUGUUAUUCCCUGUUGCUUUUCACAUUAACAUCCACACGAAUGUGGUUUACUUCUUUUAAUGAGUCUGGAGAAUGACAAAAGAUCAAUUAUUGAAUGCCACUGAGUGAGGUGAGUGCAGAGGUUACCAGCUGGGGAAAAAGUGCACCAGCUCUACAAGUUCAGACUGUAAAAGAGGGGGAGAGAUAUCCCCUGCCUUCACUGCCUUAGUCCUGCGGCUGACUCCAUCCACCUGCAGAUGUAUAUGGAUCAGUGGGAAGAGCAGCUUGUCACUAGGAGAUAACCUACACGAUGUCCCCCUCCUGAGCAUCCGUUCGUUGUCUGUUUUUAUUUGAAUCUAAAGCCCCGAAGGCGCCCGGGCAUUUCGGAGCGUACUCGAUGGAUACAGCCUGCGUAAAAGAGGAAAGCGCGCGCACAGCCGUAGCAGCCUAAACCUCUCCGCAGUCCGGAGAGGAGCAGCGGACCGGACACUCAGCCCUGAAAAUGUUCUGCCACGUCACGACGGGGCUGGGGGAGAAAUCAGUGGAGAGGAAGCGACACAAGUUCUGAGAUCUGACUCCUCUGGUGGCAUCAAUGCUCCAUCAACGCUCAGCGUUUGGUGAUCUCACGCGGAGCUCUUCCAGGCUGUGAACGAUGACCCCCCCUCCGGAUUUUGAUAUGAUUCGUUUUCAUGCCUCGUUUUAAAUAGCUGUGUCAGAUACGGAGAACGGGUACCAAACCAACUUCUUACUUCUUUAGCGCUUUCACCGACGAGGGGGAAACCGAAAUCUUCUAAUCUGCACCGGGCUGUGAGGUGAAAUGUAAUCAGGCAUAUGACUAAUCUAUAGCCUCCAAUGGGGCUCGAUGAAAAGUUGCAUUAGGAACACUGAUGCCUGCUGUGUGGAUAAACUGUGAGCUCUCCAGGAUGGAACUGCCUGGACAUUGAUCACAUAAGGAUCCCUGCGCUCUGCGUGCUUUGGAAAGGUCACUAUAUUAUUCAUCCUCGUUAAAAUAAAAAAGGAACACUUCGUUUGACUCAUCGUUGGGGGAUAAAAAAAUCUUGGACUACACUGGGCAUCGCUUACUUUCAACAAUCGCACUUGUGGGUGCUUCUGCGUCCUGGAAGAAGAGGAGGAAAUAUCCUCUGCGUUACAGGCUGUCAUCACUGUGCCAUCCGGACUAAUGUGUGGAUUACAUGCCACUUCGUUCUAAGAGUGGGAACACAAUGUGUCUGAAAGGAAGGUGACACGACGGAUUUCGUAAAAUCGCCCGAUAAUUGCGGAUUUUUUUUCCCACUGAUGCAGUUUUUGGAAGAGGGACUGGAAGAGACCUAAAGCAGGGACCCUCCAGACAUUGCGUCUCCGAGUAUAAGGCAAGAAUGUUGGAUUGCAAGCUAUUAUGCGAUUGACCAGAAUUCAACGGAACUUUGAACUGGCAGUGGCCACAAAUCCUCUUUAAGCAGAGUGAAAGACAAGUCAAUGAAUUAUGAAUGUUCAACAAGAUGACCUCCUCUCAGCAGCAGCAGAUGAUGCGAGGUCCUAGGUGGAACCGGGCCUUUUCCGACCCUUUAUUUGUACUGCUCCUUGCCCUGCAGCUGCUGGUGGUGGCAGGACUUGUGCGUGCUCAGACGUGCCCGUCUGUUUGUUCUUGUAGCAACCAGUUCAGUAAAGUCAUCUGCACCCGCAGAGGCUUGCGAGAAGUCCCUGAUGGCAUCUCUACCAACACACGCUACCUGAAUCUGCAAGAAAACCUCAUUCAGGUCAUUAAGGUGGACAGCUUCAAGCACCUAAGACAUUUGGAGAUCCUUCAACUGAGCAAAAACCACAUACGCAAAAUUGAGCUUGGGGCCUUUAAUGGCUUGGCCAGCCUCAAUACCUUGGAGCUUUUUGAUAAUCGACUCACCACCAUCCCAAAUGGAGCUUUUGACUACCUAUCCAAACUGAAGGAGCUUUGGCUUAGAAAUAACCCAGUAGAGAGCAUUCCUUCUUAUGCUUUCAACAGAGUUCCCUCCUUAAGAAGGUUGGACCUUGGUGAGCUCAAACGACUCUCCUACAUAUCAGAAGGAGCCUUUGAAGGAUUGAGCAACCUUCGCUACUUAAACUUGGGAAUGUGCAAUCUGAAAGAAAUUCCCAACCUUACACCUUUGGUAAAGCUAGAUGAACUGGAGAUGUCUGGAAACCAGUUAUCUAUUAUUCGACCUGGUUCUUUUAAAGGGCUUAUCCACUUGCAAAAACUAUGGAUGAUGCAUGCUCAGAUACAGACCAUAGAAAGGAACUCAUUUGAUGACCUCCAGUCCCUCGUGGAGCUUAAUCUAGCCCACAAUAACCUAACCCUUUUACCCCAUGAUCUUUUCACUCCUUUACAUCACCUGGAGAGGGUGCACUUGCACCACAACCCAUGGAAUUGCAACUGUGACAUCCUCUGGCUAAGCUGGUGGCUAAAGGAGAUGGUACCAGCAAACACCAGCUGCUGUGCCCGAUGCAGCUCACCUGCUCUUUAUAAAGGACGAUACAUUGGUGAGCUGGACCAGAAUUACUUUCACUGUUAUGCUCCUGUUAUUGUGGAGCCCCCUACAGACCUAAAUGUGACAGAGGGAAGUGCUGCAGAGCUGAAAUGCAGAGCCAGCUCUUUGACCUCUGUAAGUUGGAUUACGCCUAAUGGUUCCAUUAUGACACACGGUGCAUACAAGGUCAGAAUCUCUGUGCUGAAUGAUGGUACACUGAAUUUUACUAAUGUUACCAUGCAGGACACAGGCACUUAUACAUGCAUGGUCAGUAAUUCUGCAGGCAACACUACAGCAUCCGCAACACUCAAUGUGUCCUCGACGGAGAACAGCAGUUUCAGCUACUUCACCACAGUGACGGUAGAGACGAUAGAAACACCGCAUCACGAAGGCUUCACCACUACCCUUCAACAGAAAGUUGGCCCCACACCCUCUGUUGGAAUGUGGGAGAUUCUUUCAUCCACCUCAACAACAACCACUACGGUUCGAACCCCACUCUCUACUCGUGCCACCGAGAAGACCUACACAAUCCCCGUAACGGAGAGCUCACUGAACGGCUUGGAUGAGGUGAUGAAAACAACCAAGAUCAUAAUUGGUUGCUUUGUUGCCAUCACACUCAUGGCAGCCGUAAUGCUGAUCAUUUUCUACAAGAUGCGCAAACAACACCACCAGCAGAACCACCACGCACCCACGCGUGCCAUCGAGAUCAUCAAUGUGGAUGAGGACUGUGUGACUGGGGGCCCAGGAAUGGAGGGGCACCUGACUCUGCCACCUCUGGAGCAUGAGCACCUCAACCACUACAACACCUACAAGACUGCUUACAACCAUGCCUCUACCAUCAAUUCCAUACACAGCUCAGCGCACGAACCUUUGUUAAUUCGAGCGACCUCAAAAGACAAUGUACAAGAGACCCAAAUCUAAUUCUUUUGUCUGAUGUUGGCAUUACACAGUGGCAUUACUGACAGGACAGUGCCGACAGUUAGUCACGAAGACUGUAGCGCAAACAUGAAGAAACAAACUUGUGUUUGGCAAAUCACUUGCUGGCGAUGUUAAUUCAAAGACUUUUGGAAUUAGAAUAUGUCUACUGUUUCAAAAAGUGUCUUUACAAAACAGAAGUUAUUUAUUUAAGAAAAAAAUAUUGUCGUUGAAUCAAGAAAAAAAUAAUUCUGAAAUUAUUUUUAAAUCACUUAAUUCAUGUGUUAUGUUUUCUUAUCAUGUCACACAUGGGUUUACAUAUCUGUUAAAAAUAUAUAAUUCCUUUCAGGUUGUUCUUUUGGUAGAACUGCAUAAUUUGGAUAAGAGUGCGUUACCUAAUUUUCCUCCAUCUAUCAAGGAAAUUUAGAGCGCAUUAGGGAUUUUCUCCAGCUGUGGGUGAAGUGAUUGAAAUCUUUUGUGACCAUCUGGAACAUAGCUGAAUUAAACACUUGACAGAAUGAAAGUGUCGCUGAUGAAAUCUGACCAUUAUUCACUGUUUAAUUAUAACUGUCACAUACAUUAGGCGCCUGAUCUGUCAUCAGUAGUCCAAUGGAUCUUGGAUAAAGGGAAAUGGCUCCUUCUUUUGACAUAUAAGCUCCUAAUUAUUGAUUUUUUUCUUAUAACAAAAUCUUGUGAUCUUUUUCUUUUUAUCCAGUAUGCUUAUGUUAAAUAUAAUUUGAAUGGAAGUAUGAACAAUGUCUUGAUGCAAGUGGUUUCUCAAUAGUUUUGGGGUUUAAUUUUGUUUAUUCCUAUUACAUAACCAUUGGUUAAAUUAGGAAUUACAGAGAUUCUGAAAUUCAAAAGUUGCCUUUUUAAAGUGUAAAAAAUAAAUUUAAUCAUGAUCAAAGUCUCUCUUUAUAUUAGUGACUUUAAAGAGCUCUUUCACUGAGAAACCAGUUUACACAUCAUGUUUUUAAAUGAUCAGUCAUUCAGAGCUUGGCAUGCAGGCUAAACAUGAAAAUAGUCUGCUACAAAUAUCUCCUGCAUUAGCUUCUGGAUGAAAAUAGACGGUUAAACUCUAGGACUUGAAGGCCUGACAGAACUACGUCACACUGUCACGUAACAUUCAGACGUACCCAUCUUGACUCAUGAUGGGGAAGGCUGCCGUUGGUUCCUUCUGGUUCUAGGAAAUAGCAGAGAACGUAUCGGCUAGUAGAAGCUAACCGCUAACAUUAGCAACUCCACAACACAGCAUCCAUCAGGCUUUUUAUUUGUGGAGGUAAAACACCAACGUUACAGAGCAAUCAGAGUCAGUGGUAGAGUUGCGUUGCUGUUAACCAAUCUGAGGCGAGAUUUCCAAACUCCAAGUCCUGCCGUGUGAAACUACUUUCUCUUCCGGCUGAAUUCUUCAUGGUGAAACAGGCACAUCUGAGCUGUAUUUCCUAGAGUACACCUUACAAGGCAUAUGUUCCUGCUAUAGACCCUGCAACUGUAAUAACAUAUGAGUGAAGGACCUCUCUAAAAUUUGGCAAGUUUUACCCAGUUCCACAGUGCACUGUUGCACAUUUCAGUAUGUUGGGACCUGUCCCUUCUACAGGUCUGUGAGAAGACACUGUCAUAAUCAGAACUGAAGAACGAGUGUAAAGUCUUAAUACAGCUGUCUAUGCACAUUGCUUGUCAUUAAUAUGCUACAUUUCCACAUGGGGAUGUUAGGCAGCCCCAGAUUCACACCCUGCCCCAGCCAGCCGUAGCACUUGGCCCUGAGUGGCAAGACUUAUGCUACAAGAGGCUUUACAAGCAGCCUCAAUGUGUGGGAUCAGGCAUCAACCAGAUGUUUGAGUUGCACCUGCUUCCCUUCCUCUCCCCUAGUUGACAACACAAUUUACAUUUUAAUUGAUGUGCCCAUGGGCUUUGGAUAGACUAAGCUCUGUGGGCGGCCAUAUCGUAGAAACCAUUUCAAGGUCCCCAACUGUGCAAAAUGGUGCCAAGCACCAUAAAGGCAGUGGUUAGGCAGGCAUUUGGCAGAUGGUUCUUGGUUUACUUUUAGGAAGUGAUUAUUAUUAUUAUUAUUAUUUCAGUUUGAUCUCAAAAGUAAAAUUUCUAUUGAGGCCAGGUUACUAUCAUAGCAUAUCCCACCAGUAUGACAUCUGGCCCAUUAAUCAAAAUAUUUUAAUGGUUAAAUUUUAACAUUUAUUUCAGAUUUCAUCAAAUCUGUGGGAAACUCAUUUUUUCUUGCCAGUGAGUUUACACAUUUUUAAUCAAUGACAAUUAUUAUCAAUAUUGAAAGAAAUACAUAUUUCUUUUUAUAGAUUUUACUAAAUUAAGAGCAACAUUAAAAGUUUUCAGCAAGUCUGACAAGUCUCGUCUAAUGUAGCAAUUACAUUUUAUUACUUAAGUUCACAAGUCAUUUUGUCUCAAAUCGUGUGUCCUCUAUAUACAGAUUUUAUUAUUUGUUUAAAUAUUUACCAAAAGUUAAUUAUGAAAGAUAAAUAUGGUGAACAAAAUUUAGCCCAUCAGAUGACAAAUUAGAAUUAGACAUUACUUUGAUCUAAUUCUAGAUGAAUAAAUUGAAAAAUAAAAACCGUCAGUGCAUUUUACAAAGAUAUAAAAUCUGCUUUUAAAAUGAUUAUACUUGGUAAUCUUCAAAAGAUUUGAUAUGAUGUGCAAAAAACACCCCUUUUUCAUUUUAAAUGAGGAUAAAAUGCAAUAUUUAUAAGCAAUGAGGUCCGUGUUAUUUAUAAAUUCAAUUGUAUUUUUUAAUUUUCUAGAUCAAAACAGCAGAACAUUUCAAUGGAAGCUCCAGAACCUUUCCAGACACUAAAGCAGAUGGCUACAGAACCCUCAGCAUGGAGAUCUGUCCAGAAAAGUUUAUUUAUUCUCUAAAUCACUGAAAUGGGAUACAUGCAAAUUAAAGGGAUUACUGAUUUAAAUAAGGUCCUUUGGUAUUUUGAAUCCAGACUAAUUAAACACAUAGAGAUCUGUUAUGGAUUACCUCAUCCCGCCCCCACCCCCCCACCCCACCCAACACCUGGACUCUGGUCAUCCAUCAAUGCUACUUUUUGUGGAGUCUGGCACAUUUGUAAACCAGAAGUGAGCCUGAGUGUGAGUCAUUGUUCAGUGUUUAAGUUCCUGGGUGUGAAACACACAUUUUGUAUCCCCGUUUCCUUUUUCUAAUUUAGUUUGGAAUUAAAAUUGUCGUUGGUCAAUUUGUUGCAUUUUGACAAACUGUCUCAUGUAUGUAAGAUAACUAAAUAUUUUAAGUCAGUAUUCCUUUAUUCCCACUAUUUUAAUUUAUUUUGUCUGAGAGGGAAUGCUGUUCUAGUGGUAGAUUUCUAUAAAAAAACACAUUUUGAGAAUACAAUAAAGUAAAAAAUAAUUGUUGUUUUUUUAUUAUUAUUCUGAUUUUACAUGUGCCAACAACCUGUUUGAAAAGUGAAAAUAGCGAAACAUGAUGUAACAGAGUAAGGGAUUGAUUUUCAUGUAAGCAUUUUUCAUGACCUUUAAAAGAUAUGAAGAUUGAUUAUAGAGACCAGAGUUUGUAGUUCAUACACAAAAUACGGUAAAUAAACUAUUGUUGUUUUUUUG